AUGGUGAUACAUUGUGCAAAGGAAUGGUGGAAUGGUCGAGGUUGUUUCAUAGAUAUCUUCCGGAUCUUAUUGCUCGAUCCAUGCACAGGAGUUCCGUUGGGUGGCUUAGGCUCCGGGUCCAUUGGAACAGACUUCCGUGGGGCGUUCAACAAGUUCUCUAUCAUUCCAGGAAUAAAAGAGCAAAAUCAGCUGAAUAUCAAAGCCAAUCAAUUUAUAUUAACUGUUCGAAACUCCGUAAACUGUGUUGUUUUCCAAUCGAUACUGUCAGCGGCAGAUUUUUCAAAAACAACUUUAUCAUCUUGGUCGUCAUGCUUUAUAAAAAAUGAGAUUAGAUACCGUGGUCUCUUUCCCAGAGCUUGGAGAGAGUUCAAAGUUCCUGAUUUGGAUCUAACUAUCCUUCAACAUCAACUAUCUCCUGUCAUUCCUCACAAUUAUGAAGACUCAUCUUUACCUCUUUCUUUGUUUGAUUUUCUUGUCUUCAACAACUCUGAUGAAAAUUACAAAGUCUCGAUAACUUUCACAUUUCGAAACGGUACUGGUAACACUCAAUGGAACAAAGAAGGCUGCUGCAGAUCAGAAUAUUUAGAGAGCACUAAUGGAAACGGGAUCGCCAUCCAUCAUACUGUAAAGCAAAUGCCUGUCACUUAUGUAUUGGCUACAGAAAAAUCAGAGAAUCAUUCCAUCUCCAGAACCCAGUUCAAUGUGAAUGGAAAUGGUGCUGAGAUUUGGGAACAUCUUAAAGAUUAUGGAGCGUUAUACGAGAAUAAGCAAACAGUGGAGCGCGAACUGGGAAUCGCUAUCUGUAACUCUUUUGAAGUACAAGCAAAGAGUAGUGAAACUGUCACUUUCUCGCUGAUAUGGUAUAUGCCGGAAGUAACAUUUGGAUUGAAAGCACGCACUUACCGCAGGAGAUAUACUAGCUUUUACAAAGACAGAAAUGUCCUCUUGGAAAUAAUGGAGACGGGCUUCAAUAAGAAAAAUGAUUGGGUAAAGCAGAUUGAGAAUUGGCAGAACCCAAUUAUUGAUGAUGAAAAACUGCCUGAGUGGUACAGAAGUGCUCUGUUCAAUGAAUUAUACUUUGUAGUGGAUGGGUCUACCGUUUGGUUCGCUUAUGACAGCAAAUGGUCAGAUGGCGAACCAGAUAUGGGAUUGGCUACGAUUGAGCAUUUCAAGAAAUAUGGAAGAUAUGCCUACAUGGAAUCUUGGGAAUAUUUUAUGUUCACAACUUACGACGUACAUUUCUAUGCUUCCUGGGCUCUGCUGAAAAAUUGGCCUGCACUUGAAAUGGGAAUUCAGCUGGACUAUGGUGAUCAAAUUUACAGAUCGAGUGAUAAAACCGAAAAAUCAAUGUGCGAAGGACAAGCUAUGAAAGCCAAAAAAUAUGGUAGAACACCUCACGACUUGGGACAUCCAUUAGGAGAACCUUUCAUAGCAACCAAUGCAUAUCUUCUGCAUGAUACAGCCGAAUGGAGAGAUUUGAACCUGAAGUUUGUAGCUCUCUGUUGGAGAGAUUGGGAUAGCAUUUAUGAGAAGAUGGGUUACCCCAAGGAGAAGUCGAUUGAAGUUUUGAAAUUUUUCUAUGAACGUUCUAAGUUCAUUGUGGAGUCGGCUUUGGUGGAGUGGGAUUUGGAUAAAGAUGGAAUGAUCGAAAACAGUGGGACCGCUGAUCAAACUUACGAUGUCUGGACUAUGACUGGAACUAGCUCCUACUGUGGUUCUCUCUUCUUGUGUUCACUUUGGUGUUUAAUCCGAAUGGCCGAUAAAUUGGAACGGAGAGAAGAUUUAAGUAAAUACAUGGAUUAUUUAGAGAGAGCUAAGGCUGUUUUUAUUAAGAAGUUGUGGAACGGAAGGUAUUUCAAAUUCGAUGAGAAUCCUGAUAACUCGCGCUGUGUCAUGGCUGAUCAGCUUUGUGGCUUUUGGUUCCACCGAAUGCUAGCUGUUGACGAUUUGGUGGAAGAUCAAAUGAUUUCAUCGGCUCUUGACACCAUUUUCAAAUUGAAUGUUAUGUCCUUCGAUAAUGGACGCAUGGGUCCUGUGAACGGCAUAAGAGAUGACGGUGUUGAUGAUACUUCAUCCAUUCAAUCAGUCGAAGUCUGGACAGGUACUGCGUAUGCAUUGGCAUCUUUCAUGAUCGCUUCGAACAAGUUGGACCAAGGAUUUAAAACAGCGGAAGGUGUAUAUCAGUCGUGUUGGUAUAGAUUUGGUUUACAAUACCAAACCCCUGAGGCUAUAUAUAGAAACAAUUAUUACAGAGCAAUUGGCUACAUGAGGCCAUUAAGUAUAUGGAGUAUGCAAGAGAGUUUGGAAAAAAAGUUGUAA